AUGACUGCAACCGCAGUAAAGCUGCAACCAUUCAUCGACGCAGGAACACACCCUGAGUCAUAUUACGAUAAAUUAUUACCGCCUAUUAGUGCUCAACUAAGAAGAUGGCUGUUAUCAACUAUUCGCAAGGAAACGAAAUUACUUGCUAAUAUUCAGAAUUCGUUACGUCACCCAUUACUUGAUUCAUUUUUUAUAUAUACCGCCAUAUUGGGAACCCAUACAUUUUUUGUCAUAUUUUUGCCGAUGUUGUUUUGGUUUGGUUAUGGUCCGUUGGCGAGAAGUCUUACACUAAUAACCACGUCCGGAGUUUUCUUUACCGGAUUUUUAAAGGACAUGUUGUGUUUACCUAGACCAUCUUCACCACCAAUCCGUCGCCUAUGCAUAGGAUCUCAUCACCUAGAAUAUGGAUUUCCUUCGACGCAUACUACAAAUGCAGUCUCAAUUGCACUCUACCUUCUGACACACAUAUAUGCGAUUGAAUCGAAUACUAUGCUUAAAGUUGUUGGUACAGCUUGUGUGAUUAUUUAUUGUUUGAGCAUAAUGAUUGGACGUAUAUAUUGUGGUAUGCAUAGUCUUACCGAUGUGCUUGCAGGAUCAAUUUUGGCAAUAUUGAUUUGGUGGAUUCAUUGGAGUUUUCAAAUUCAUAUUGAUGCAUUUAUUCUGAAUAAAAGUUGGAAUGUUCCAAUUAUAGUAAUUGCUGUUGGAAUUUCCUUAGUUUAUAUAUUUCCUGAAUCUAUAGAUCACUGUCCAUGUAUUGAAGAUAGCAUUGCGUGUAUAGGCGCAGCAAUUGGUAUGAUUAUUGGAAGUUGGAAUUUUUCAAAUUCUAGAUUUUCGAAUAAUGGUAAUGUGCCUUAUGAUUACAACUCUACUGGACUUGUUAUAACAGUCUCGCGUGUUAUUUUUGGACUAAUGGUAGUUUUCAUUUGGAGAAUUUCGAUGAAGAAAAUUUUACUAGCUGUUCUUUCACCAAUUUAUAAAGCAUUUAAUUUAAUUUAUCAGGAUACAUUCAUUAUAAAAAAGAUUAUAAAUGAUCGUUAUCCAUUAUCUACAUCACCUACUGGAGUAACUAGAAGAUCACGUAAUAAGUAUUCAAAAUCGAAUGAACUUAAUAAGAACUUUGUAAUUCUACCAAUUGAUUUGACAAUAAAGUUGAUAGUUUAUACAGGCAUAGGAUGGCUUGUUGUUGAUAUGAUUCCUGUAUUAUUUGAAGUUUUUGGUAUAGGAAU